CUGUGGAGCGUCACAAUUAGGUGAACUAGCUCCGCUAUCAGAAAGUAACAACAUGUCACACUUUCCUGAUGUGGAUGAUGAGGAGGAAGAGGAUGGUGAUGAUGAACACUCAAAAGGUGAUAUGGCAUGUGACACUGAGAACAAAUACUGCAAAUGUUCUUCGUGUGGGAAAACGUUUUCGUCAAAGUGGCAUUUAAAAGUACACACGAGAACGCAUACUGGGGAGAAACCAUUCGGUUGCACUUUGUGCGGUAAAAGAUUUUUAGAAAAGAGUACUUUGGUGAAACACACAAGAACACACACUGAAGAGAAAGCUUUUGCCUGCGCUGUUUGUGGGCAAAGAUUCUCUCAAAGGUCAAGUUUAACAACGCACACAAGAACGCAUACCGGAGAGAAACUUUUUGCCUGCUCGGUAUGUGGCAAAAGGUUCCCUGUGAAGGCACAUUUAACAAGUCACACAAGAACACACACUGGAGAAAAACCAUUCUUGUGCUCACUUUGUGGUAAAAGAUUCAUAGACAAAAGUACUUUGAUAAAACACACAAGAACACACACUGGGGACAAACCUUUUGCCUGCUUAGUUUGUGGGCAAAGAUUUACCCAAAGGUCUAGUUUAACAAUGCAUACAAGAAGACACGGCGGACAGAAACGUUUUACCUGCUCGGAAUGCGGCAAAGGUUUCUCUGACAAGUCAAGUCUAACGAUACACACUCGAAAACACACCGGAGAAAAACCUUUUGCCUGCUCGCUAUGUGGUAAAAGCUAUUCUCAAAAGUCCAGUUUAACAAUGCACUCAAGAACACACAGUGGAGAGAAGCUUUUCGCCUGCUCCGUUUGUGGCCAAUGCUACUCUCAAAAGGCCAGUUUAAUUCUGCACACAAGAACACACACCGGAGAGAAACUUUUCCCAUGCUUAGCAUGUGGCAAAAGCUUCACCGUAAAAUCACGUCUGACAGCGCACACAAGAACACACACUGGAGAGAAACCAUUCCCGUGCUCAGUUUGUGGCAACAGCUUCUCUACAAAGUCAGGUUUAAACAAACAUACCAGAACACAUUGGUGAGGAACAAUUAAGGUCUGGUGGGGUUUUUAUUUUCCAAGUGAUAUUAAGUGCCGGGAUUGUGAUGGUCAGAGAGACAACACUGCCCCAAUGAAGCUGCAGCAUAAACUGAAGAAACUGACCAUUUUGUAAUCACCCUUUAGCUUCUAGCCAGUCAAUUACUCUGUCACAGAUAAAAUCAUCUCCACGAGGUGUUAAUCAGAUGUUACUGUUACAAAAUUCAAGACGAGCACUAACUCCCAUCUUCCUACCCUAAAUUGCUUGAAAUCAUACCUGUCAGAUCACCUACAGUUUGUAAAUGUUGAGAACAAAAAUUUGCGUGUAAAAUUCAGAUACGGUGUCCCGCAGGGGUCCGUACUUUGACAAGUACUAUUUAGUCUAUAUGCUUUCCUUGUGCAGUAUUAUUCAAAAACUCGUCAAUUUCCACUGCUAUGCUGAUGACACACAUCUCUACCUAUCCAGGAAACCUGAGCAAACGAAUGCAUUGACCAGAAUUUAGCAUUUAGUGCUCUCGCUCAAAAAGUCUCAAGAGCAGCAUUCUUUCACAUAAAAAAAGAAGAAAUUUCUCGCCAAUAGCUGAUAAUUUAUAAACCUGAUUGAACUAAUACACGCUCAUUAGCCCUUAUCGCCAUUGAGG